AAGCAAUACUAAAUUAACCAUAUGUUUCCAGCAAAUUGGUGGGUCUCUCUAUGUUGGAUCUCUCUCUUAUUUUUCACUCUCUCUUCCUUCUGUGUUUCUCUCUUCAACUUCACUAUCAGAUGGGUUAUCUGAUCUCAUGAUGUUGUGUUGUUAGCUUGAACUCAUUCUCAAAAGUCUGUUUUCUCUUUGUUUUCAUUGCAUGUUGUGUAACGCUCGCUCUCCAUUUAUUGCUUCCUUUGACUUUUCUUCUCGUUUGCCACUGUUUUUAUUUCUUCUUUCUUUCCGUCGUUAUAUCUUUCAUUUAACCAAUGUUGUGUGUCAUGGAGCGUUACUCUUCUUAAUGGCUAAAUAAACAAGCACAAACAAACCCAUGUCUCAAAAUCUUCACCUUUUUCCACUUCCAAAUCAAUCUCUGCUCCUUCUUUGUUAUUCUCUAUGAAAGCCCGUGUAUUGGCCAGCUUCUCAUGAUGUGAAGUUUUUUGGUUUUUGUGUGGGGGCGUCUUUCAUUAGGUUACGGGCAAUUUUAUUGGUUAAGAGGAUAAAAGGUUUUUUUCCUGAUCAACGUUUAACAGAGGGCGUAUUGAAGGAGUGUUUUUUGCCUGCAAAUGACCUAUUAUGACCAACAAAAAAGCAUUAUCUGUCUCAACCGUUGUUAGUGGGUUUUGUUUGGGUCAUAGGGCGCAAAAGAUGAGAGUUAUGGAGUUACCACCCUCAGGUGACAAUGGUUCUUCUACUAACGAAGAUGAACCUGUACCUCAGGAUGCAGAUUAUAGUAUAAGUGACGAGCUGGAGACAUCAAUCUUAGCAAGAUUUCCAAGGUCACAGCUUUGGAAAUUGUGCUUUCUAAACAAGCGGUUCUUGGCGCUAGCGAGGAGUGGCGAGAUUUACAAAAUCAGGAGGCAGUUGGGACUGAAAGAACCAUCUGUGUUUAUGUUAGCUAGUGGGGAGAGCAAUUGGUGGGGAAUGGAGUGGCCUUUCAUGUCAAGCAAGAAGCUUCCUCCUAUUGAAUCGGAUUAUAAUUUUGAGUGUGGAGACAAAGAGUCAUGUUGUGCAGGAUCCCAGCUAUUAGUCUUUGGAAAGGAGAUUGAUGGGGCUGUAACUUGGAGGUUUGAUUCAACCAAUAAUGAAUGGGUGAAAGGGCCUUCUAUGAUCAACCCAAGGUGUCUUUUUGCAUCAGCCACAUCUGGUGCAAUUGCUUUUGUUGCUGGGGGCUAUGAUGCAACAACUUACACCCAAAUUUUGGAUUCUGCUGAGAUGUACAACUCUGAAAGCCAGAGUUGGAAACCCCUCCCAAGGAUGAAGAAAAGGAGGAAGUUUUGCUCAGGUUGCUUCAUGGAUAACAAGUUCUAUGUUCUUGGAGGGAAAGAUGAGGAUGGGAGGGUCCUAACUUGCGGGGAAUUCUUUGAUGGGAAGACAUGGAAGUUGAUUCCUGACAUGUGGAAGGAUAAUUCUCAACUCUCUCCACCACUCCUUGCUGUUGUGAACAAUGAGCUGUACACAUUGGAUGCUUCUUCAAAUGAGCUGAAGGUGUAUAUGAAGGGAAGCAAUUCAUGGAAGACUUUGGGAGUGGUUCCUGUGAGAGCUGAUGAACAAAGAGGUUGGGGUGUGGCUUUUAAAUCUCUUGGUGACGAGUUGCUUGUGAUUGGUGCACCUUCUGUGUCACAGGCAGAGCGAGGCUUGUGUAUGUACACUGGUUCUCCUGAUCCUGCUUAUGACAAAUUCAGGUGGAGGCAAAUUGGAUGUACCACCAUUCACCUCAAUCACUUUAUCCGCAAUUGUGCUGUCAUGUGGACCUGAAUUUCCAAAACAAUCUAAAUAAAACUUGGAGGCCAACAUGGAGUUUUCAUUACAACAACCUUCUGUCAUCUCAUCAUUCAUCUUUCUUUCUAUUUUCUUACAUGUUCACUUACGUAUCAUAUCUAUCUUUAACCUUUGAGUGAAAAUGUUGGUCAUGAAAAUGCUACUUUUUCCCUUUUUCUGCUCAUUAUGCUAGAUUUCAUAUAUCAUGUUACUGGAUAUCAUCAAAUUUGAAUCCUUUUGCUUCAUUGCUUCUGUUGCCAUGUUCAAAAUGCUUUUUUGUUCUGUCACCGGUUGUGUUUUCGUUCAGAGAGGAGAAAUAGGACGAAUAUUUGGUGUGCAAUAUUUUUCCAUU